AACACCAGAAGAACCCAGAGGAAAUGAGAAAAUCUUUAGGAGCCAUUGUGCCACAUAUGUAUGGAGACCACUCAGAGUGCAGAACCUGGUGUAAACAUCGCAGGAAUCCUGACACCUAUGUUCCCAAAAACCUGCCCUACAGUCGAUAUUUGACAUCUGAAGAACUGAGAGCAGAUUUAGAAAAUAUCAUGUCAACAUAUGUUCAGCAAGUUCAGAAGUUGUCACAUUUAGGUUCCACGCAGGCAUGUGAAAGUUUCAACAACUGUGUACAAGCAUCCAAAAACACUUUAUCUCUCAGGUUCUGAAAGUACUUGCUUCAGAGUUGCAGCAGCAGUGGCCCAGAAAAAUGUUGGGAAAAGUUAUGUAACAGAGGUCAAUAAAGAGCUGAGUCUUUCACCUGGUUCACAAACACAAAAAGUGGUAGAAAGAAUGGACAGGAAAAGAGCUCUGGAAAAGGAGAGAUAUACAAGUUCUGCAUACAAGAAAAGAAAGUUUCAUCUGAAAAAGUCAUCAUCACAGGAUCGGGAAACUAAAGAAGUGAGAGAGGGAACAACUUAUGCAACAUCAGUUGAAAUGGAUCAAGAAGAAAAGAGCCAAGACAUUGAAUCUAUAUAUCCCUCCUGCACUUCCAUUGCCAGCCAGAACAUCUCUACCAAAGGAUGAAUAUACCUGGAUUUUCUUUGAUCUGGAGACCACAGGUUUAGGUCUGACAAGUGAAAUCCUAGAAAUCGGUGCCACCAGGGGGAAUGACACUUUUCAGAGAUUCAUAAAACCUGUUGGCAGCAUUUCAACAAAAGCUACCUUGGUGCAUGGCAUCCAUUUGAAGAACAAUACUUUGAUGAAGAGAGAAGAGGUACUACAGACUACUGAUCUUCAUAGUGCAUUGGAAGACUUUUCUUCUUGGUUGUCAUCAAGUAAAAACAAUGUACUUUUAGGGCACAAUGGUAAUCAUUUUGAUUUCCCAUUGUUAGUGAAAAAUCUUUUGUAUAGAAAUGUAUCUACAAAUGUUGUUGGUUUUGUGGACACUUUAGAAGUGUUUAGAGAUAUUUUAGAUAAGCACAGUGGUAGUUAUUCACAGGAAAGCCUGAUGAAAGAGUCUGGAUUACAAUGUACUGGUCAAGCUCAUUGUGCACUUUAUGACUCUGUAAACUUACAGAAACUUACAAAGUUUCAUAACAUUGAAGAUGAAUCUCUCAUCAAACACAGUGUCUCAUCUGAAUAUGUUUAUCAGAUUUAUUCACAUAGUCAAUGUAAAGAAAAAAAUUACAAGUCUUUGCAUGUUUUGGUUCAUGAAAAGGUGAUUUCUGAUUUUAUGGCUAAUAAGAUUGCCUCCUCUGGUUUGAAUUUUUCACAUCUGCAGCUAGCUUUUCAAAGACAUCAAGAAGAUGGUAUCAGAAACUUAUUCAUUGAAAAUGUUGGUGGUAAAGUGCGUGUUUCCAAGUGUAAGAAAAUUUGGAGUUCUGUUGCAAAUUAGUUUUCAGCCAAGAAUUGAGUUAUGCCCCUUGUGAGUUUU